UACAAAUGUCACAGCUGCUUCGGUGAGCCCCUCUUCUGUACAAAUUGUUGCAGGACCCAGCACCAGAGGCUGCCCUUCCAUAGGAUCAGUCAAUGGACAGGGGGGUUCUUUGAGGACAGUUGCUUAGUCAAGAAUGGACUAGUUAUUUGGCUAGGUCACAAUGGACAUCCUUGCCCA